AUGCAGGGUUGCGAUUCAGGUGAUGGUGGAAAAGUGGUAGUUUCAGGGCAGCAACAGUGGUGGCUUCAGGGCGGCGAUAAUUGGCUUCAAGGGAUUAUUGUGCUUGCAUCACAGAUGACGACGCUCCCUCCCUCUACCUCUCUCUCUAUCAUAAUAAUUCAAUUAGUUAAUUUUUUAAUCCAACAAAGGAUUCUGAUUCAAUUGAUUGCGCCUAACGGAGGUUUCCUGAUUGGUUUUAAUCGAUUCCGCGUUCAAGGUUGA